AUGGCAGAAGGAGAGGAAGGUGGUGAUCCCCGGGCCCCACCAGUCCGCCUCUGGGUGCGGCGCAUAGGCGUCUACUGUGAUGAGAACCAGAAAACAUGGCUGGUGGCAUCAGAAGAGGUAAGCAGGAAUACUCGCAGCACCCUUUUGCUUUGGUGUUUUGGUUUUAGCCUUUUAGCAACACCUCAUGUUCUCUCCCCCACCCCCACCCCCCGUUGUUUUUUUUGGUUGCUUCUCACCCAGGAGGCAGAUACAGUGAAAGCCCGGAUCAGGAGAGUCCGGGUCCCCCUGGGCCAGGCGGUGUGCCCCAGCCAUCUCCCUGCAUCCCAGCUGCCCCACAUGUGGCAGCUUUCAGAGGGACAGCAGUACCGGGACAGUAACUCUCGCAUCUGGAACAUUGAACACCAUUUAAUGGUAAGGUUCCAGGCAGAAGAAAAAGAUACAAGCUGCUUAGCUGUGACUCCAGCACUGAUGACCCAGCAUCUUACUGGGAUGCAAUGAAUGUUUUAUUUUGUCUCUUGCAGAUCAUGGGAGUGGAAGAGCUGCUGCUGAAACUCCUCCCAAGUGAUUAA